AUGCGAUUGCUGAGUACCGAUCGCGCUGAGCUGCACUACUUCGCGUCGCCUGAAGCCGUACCGGGAGGAUACGCGAUCCUCUCUCAUGUUUGGGACCCCUACGAACAGACCUACCAGGAUCUUUGCUCGCUACGUGCGCAGUGUGCUCUCACCGGAGAGAACCCUCGCGAUCGCGUAUGUUCGAAGCUCAGAGAGAGUUGUUUCCUGGCAGAGCGCCAUGGCUACAAGUGGCUGUGGGCUGACACAUGUUGCAUCGACAAAACAAGCAGCUCUGAGCUGUCCGAGUCAAUCAACUCAAUGUACCGCUUCUACGGCCUCGCUGAGGUGUGCUAUGCAUACCUCAAGGACGUACCAAAGGGUGGGAUUCUUUCGAGCAGAGAUUCCGCAUUCCGUAGAAGCAGGUGGCAUACUCGCGGUUGGACCUUACAAGAGCUGAUCGCGCCGGAUAUCGUCAUCUUCCUUUCGAGCGACUGGCAUGUUUUGGGGACGAAGGGCGAACUGGCUAGGCUGCUAGAGGAGAUUACCCUGGUCCCCGUAGAAGUCCUUCGACUAGAAGAGGAGCUUUCCAACGUAUCCGCAGCCCGAAGGAUGUCCUGGGCAGCGACUCGCCAAACGACCAAGGAGGAGGACGAGGCGUACUGCUUGAUGGGCAUCUUCGGCAUCAACAUGCCCACGUUGUACGGCGAAGGCCGCGAGGCGUUCACGCGGCUUCAGGAGGAAAUCUUGAAGCGAUCAAUUGAUACUUCCCUGUUCGCCUGGGGCCAGUGCUGGCCAGUGCCGUCUAUGCCGCCACCGUCUCCCCAGUCCUCCCGUCACUCCCACAUCCACGAUGACAAGUCAUGUCUACUUGCCAUGUCUCCCUCAGCCUUCGCUUCCUGUAACCAAAUCUCCUUCAACCCACCCCGUAGCCCACCUCUACCUCAGGGAGAGCCAAUCUCGUCUGGUGUAUACAGCGACUCCACCGGGGAAACCGAAGUGUUCUUAGACGCACUUGACUUUGUCCAACCGGGGCUUCCCACUUUCUCCGUCACUCCUUAUGGCCUUCGUGCCCAUGUCAUGCUAUUCGAGUAUCCAUCUUACUCGGUCGCCGUUCUGUGUUGCGCUAACAAGGACGGAAAGCCUCUUGGCCUGUUGCUUCAGUCAUGUCCCGUCGCCCCAGACCCCCAUCGCCCCCUCUACCAUCCAGGCGUGGAUCGAUUUCGCACUGUGGCGCUCAGCGAUGACUUCAUCGAAAGGGGCGUCAAUGGCGUCUUCGCAGAGUGGAAGGUUGUCUAUAUAAUCCAGCAGGCUCGGCAAGACGCGGGCGCCGGUCCGCGGCUUCUCCUCAACCGAAACCUGUCCACGCCGUUCCGCUUCUGCAAAGAAGAACUGGAGCGUCUCCUACGACAACAUCUAUGGUCGCUCGAAACACUCACAAGAGUAGAUUUUGAUUGGAACGGCUCGCCACCGGUGAGCCUUGCGUUCAAGCAUAAGAUCAACGACAAGGCAGUCAUAAUCCUAUCCCUUGGCCGAUGCCAGUCCACAUCUCGGAUGGACUAUCCGCACUGGGCUACGCUGAGAUUCUACCAAGGACAAUCACCCCCGAACGUCCCCGAACACACUUGCUCUGAGGACCACAUUUGCCAGUGGCCGGACCGCAAGAAGGUCUUCAAGCUGUCGGUGGAAUUCUACGGCAUUAUGAACUUCUUCCACGACAUCACGUUAUCUUUCGCCACUUGUCCCAUGAAUCCGUCUACCACCCUCGUCGUGACCAUAGCCUAG